AUCUAUUAUUGAAUUUCUGAGAAAUUCAAUAGCAGAUAGUAAGACGAAGGGCUAAAUCUAAAUAUCUUAUAAAAGUUCUUUUGAUAAUUGUAGUAUUUUUCUGCAAAGCAGAAGCAAUAAAGAAUUUAUUUUAUAAGAUCAAGUUGUAUAUUCUUUAGCAAAAUAUAAAGGAAACAAACACACACAUUAUAUACACAUAUAUAUUACAUAUACAUAUAUAUAUAUAUAAUUUGGACUUGAAUAAUUACAUACAUACUGUGCCCUAACUGAUGUUGGUAAUCUUGAGUUAAGCGAAAAAAUAUUUUUACGGAUGACGUUUAUACGGCGAAAUUGGCGGAGAAACGUUGCGUUGCGGUUAUUAUUACGCGGCUGACGUGCUCGGAUUCUGCGUAUCAGAGGACGGAUUGUGCAAUGGAGAGCAUAUUCCACGAGAAGCAAGAGGGGUAUCUAUGCGCCCAGCAUUGCCUGAACGCGCUUCUACAGGGUCCCUACUUUAACGCCGUGGAUUUGGCAAAUUUUGGUCAUCAGAUGGACGAAGAGGAGAGAAUCCGGAUGGCCGAGUCGGGCGUCGACAGUGAAGAUUACAAAUUGUUUCUAGAGCAACCAUCAGGAAACAUGGACGACAGUGGAUACUUUUCAGUUCAAGUUAUUAGCAGUGCUUUGAAAGUUUGGGGUUUAGAACUGAUUCCAUAUAACAGCACGGAACCAACAGCUUUACUGGCACAGAAUGAUCCUUCGUAGGUUAUUGAUAAUUUAUUCCAAUCGAUUUGUGUUUUGUUUUCAGAUAUUUUGUUCUAUUGCACUUGCGAAAAAGCACUCCUUUCAAAUAUUUUGUAGAAUAAUU